AUGUCAUCAGAUGGAGAAUUCACUAGAACUCAAAUAUUUGGUACAGUAUUUGAAAUAACCAAUAGAUAUACCGACUUAAACCCUGUUGGGAUGGGUGCAUUUGGAUUAGUUUGUUCAGCCGUUGAUAAAUUGACUGGACAAAAUGUUGCCGUUAAAAAAAUUAUGAAACCUUUUUCAACAUCAGUAUUAGCUAAAAGAACAUAUAGAGAAUUAAAAUUAUUAAAACAUUUAAGACAUGAAAAUUUAAUUACAUUAGAUGAUAUUUUUAUUUCACCUUUAGAAGAUAUAUAUUUUGUAAAUGAAUUACAAGGUACUGAUUUACAUAGAUUAUUAACUUCAAGACCUUUGGAAAAACAAUUUAUACAAUAUUUUACUUAUCAAAUAUUAAGAGGUAUGAAAUAUAUUCAUUCAGCUGGAGUUAUACAUAGAGAUUUAAAACCAUCAAAUAUUUUAAUUAAUGAAAAUUGUGAUUUAAAAAUUUGUGAUUUUGGAUUAGCAAGAAUUCAAGAUCCUCAAAUGACUGGGUAUGUUUCAACAAGGUAUUAUAGAGCUCCAGAAAUUAUGUUAACUUGGCAAAAAUAUGAUACAGAAGUUGAUUUAUGGUCAGUCGGUUGUAUAUUAGCAGAAAUGAUUGAAGGGAAACCUUUAUUUCCUGGAAAAGAUCAUGUACAUCAAUUUUCUAUAAUAACUGAAUUAUUGGGUAGUCCACCUUCAGAUGUUAUUGAUACUAUAUGUUCAGAAAAUACUCUUAGGUUUGUACAAAGCUUACCACAUAGAGAUCCAAUUCCUUUUAGUGAAAGAUUUGCAUCAUGUACUCAUGUUGAACCAGAAGCCAUUGAUUUAUUAGCUAAAAUGUUAGUAUUUGAUCCCAAAAAGAGAAUAAGUGCAGCAGAAGCUUUAACACAUCCUUAUAUGGCACCUUAUCAUGACCCAACUGAUGAACCUAUUUGUGAAUCUAAGUUUGAUUGGAGUUUUAAUGAUGCUGAUUUACCAGUUGAUAAUUGGAGAGUUAUGAUGUAUAGAGAAAUUUUAGAUUUUCAUCAAAAUAUUGGUGUUGGUGGUAGUGGUUUAGAUUAUCAACAACAACAAGUUGCCGAUGCUGAUGGUAAUACUGAAAAAUUAGAACAAUAUCAACAACAACAACAACAACAACAACAAGAAAUAAAGUAG